AUGGCUGUGAUUUGGAUGAUCCAUUAUCUUUGGCUUUUGGCAGUUCUAGCAAGAUGCAGUGGUGGCCACAGUCUAUUCUCAUGUGAACCCAUAAUCCUGAGGAUGUGCCAAGAUCUUCCGUACAAUACCACAUUUAUGCCUAACCUUUUGAAUCAUUAUGAUCAACAAACAGCAGCUCUAGCAAUGGAACCAUUUCAUCCUAUGGUUAACCUUGAUUGUUCCCGAGACUUUCGACCAUUCCUAUGUGCUCUCUAUGCUCCUGUUUGCAUGGAAUAUGGUAGAGUCACCCUCCCAUGUCGCAGAAUUUGUCAACGAGCAUAUAAUGAAUGUUCAAAGCUCAUGGAGAUGUUUGGUGUGUCUUGGCCUGAAGACAUGGAAUGCAACAGGUUCCCAGACUGUGAUGAGCCUUACCCUCGCCCCAUUGACCUCAAUGUAAUUGGGGACCCAACAGAAAAAGCAACAGUGGAAGUGCAAAGAGACUAUGGUUUUUGGUGCCCUCGAGAACUGAAAAUAGACCCUGAUCUGGGCUACACAUUCCUGCGGGUACGGGACUGCUCUCCUCCUUGUCCAAAUAUGUACUUUAGACAAGAAGAACUUUCUUUCGCACGAUACUUCAUUGGUGUGAUCUCCAUUGUCUGCCUUUCCGCUACCUUGUUCACUUUCUUGACUUUCCUGAUUGAUGUCACAAGGUUUCGCUAUCCAGAAAGACCCAUAAUCUUCUAUGCUGUUUGUUACAUGAUGGUGUCCCUCAUUUUCUUCAUUGGCUUUUUGCUAGAGGACCGGGUUGCCUGCAAUGCCUCUGGCCCUGCCUCUUACAAGGCUUCCACAGUGACACAGGGCUCUCACAAUAAAGCAUGCACCAUGCUUUUCAUGGUACUGUAUUUCUUUACCAUGGCUGGGAGCGUUUGGUGGGUGAUCCUUACCAUUACUUGGUUUUUGGCAGCUGUCCCAAAAUGGGGUAGUGAAGCUAUUGAGAAGAAAGCCCUCCUCUUCCAUGCUAGUGCAUGGGGCAUCCCUGGAACCCUUACCAUCAUUCUCCUAGCUAUGAAUAAAAUAGAAGGUGAUAACAUCAGUGGCGUGUGUUUUGUUGGCCUUUACGAUGUAGAUGCCUUGAGAUACUUUGUUCUUGCUCCUCUCUGCCUGUAUGUGGUGGUUGGAGUUUCUUUGCUACUUGCUGGCAUCAUUUCUUUAAAUCGGGUUCGUAUUGAAAUUCCCUUAGAGAAGGAAAACCAGGACAAGUUGGUGAAAUUUAUGAUUCGGAUUGGCGUCUUCAGUGUACUGUAUCUUGUGCCACUCUUGGUUGUUAUUGGCUGCUAUUUCUAUGAACAAGCUUACCGAAGUGUGUGGGAGACAACAUGGAUUCAAGAAAGGUGCAAGGAAUAUCACAUACCCUGCCCUUACCAGGUUACCCAGAUGAGUCGACCGGACCUGAUCCUCUUCCUUAUGAAAUAUCUGAUGGCCCUCAUAGUAGGAAUCCCAUCAGUCUUUUGGGUUGGAAGUAAAAAGACUUGCUUUGAAUGGGCCAGCUUUUUUCAUGGGCGCAGGAAAAAAGAGGUUGUUAAUGAGAGUCGACAAGUGCUUCAGGAACCCGACUUUGCUCAGUCUCUCUUGAGAGAUCCAAAUACACCCAUAAUUCGCAAAUCCAGAGGGACUUCAACCCAAGGGACUUCUACUCAUGCCUCCUCGACACAAUUGGCUAUGAUGGAUGACCAACGAAGCAAAGCAGGCAGUGUGCAUAGCAAAGUCAGUAGCUACCAUGGCAGCUUGCAUAGGUCACGAGAUGGCAGAUAUACCCCCUGCAGUUACCGUGGAAUUGAAGAUCGACUACCUCAUGGCAGUAUGUCCCGAUUGACUGACCACUCCAGGCAUAGCAGUUCCCAUCGGCUCAAUGAUCAGUCACGUCACAGUAGCACCAGAGACCUCAGUGGAAAUCCAGUAACUCACAUAACUCAUGGCACCAGCAUGAACCGAGUUAUUGAAGAGGAUGGGACCAGCGCUUGA